GUGAGUCACAGGCAAUUAAUUUUGGCUGUGUGGAGAUUGGGGGAGGGCAGUGAAAUGCUCUGCCUGGCUUAUGUCCACGUGGGCCUCUGCAGUGCUGGGUCUGCCCUCCCUGAGACCUGGUGACCCAGAAACAAUGGACUUUGCUUCAUGUACAGAGUGCCUGUGUUCCUGAAAAAUACCUGGAUUCAUUUUGUUUGGAGGGAAAGAGAUGAUGCAUUUGGAAAGAUGAUGCUCAGAUAGUUGGUAGAUUGUGUAUUUCAACUAGUUCCUAGAUAGAAGCUGAUUCAUUUGAUACCAGAGAAGCACUCUAGAAAAGAGCCAGUGAAGGCAAUAGAGGGUUUGCCAUAACAGAAGAGGACACAGUGCCACUAAGAAGCAGGAUUCUUUUCAGCCUCUGGAGACCUCACUUUCUGUUAUGUCUUUGUGUGAAGACAUGCUGCUUUGUAAUUAUCGCAAGUGUCGUCUCAAACUCUCUGGUUAUGCAUGGGUCACUGCCUGCUCUCACAUCUUCUGUGAUCAGCAUGGCAGUGGUGAGUUUAGUCGUUCACCAGCUAUCUGCCCUGCCUGCAACAGUACCCUUUCUGGAAAGCUAGACAUCGUCCGCACAGAACUCAGUCCAUCAGAGGAGUAUAAAGCCAUGGUAUUGGCAGGACUUCGACCAGAGAUUGUGUUGGACAUUAGCUCCCGUGCACUGGCCUUCUGGACAUAUCAGGUACAUCAGGAGCGUCUCUAUCAAGAAUACAAUUUCAGCAAGGCUGAGGGCCAUCUGAAACAGAUGGAGAAGAUAUACACUCAGCAAAUACAGAGUAAGGAUAUAGAAUUGACUUCAAUGAAGGGGGAAGUCACCUCCAUGAAGAAAGUGCUAGAAGAAUAUAAGAAAAAGUUCAGUGACAUCUCUGAGAAACUUAUGGAGCGAAAUCGUCAGUAUCAAAAGCUCCAAGGCCUGUAUGAUAGCCUUAGGCUGCGGAACAUCACUAUUGCUAACCAAGAAAGUACCCUUGAACCAUCCAUGAUUGCACAAUCUGGUGUUUUUGGCUUUUCAUUAGGGAACAACUCCAAGUUUCCUUUGGACGGUACACCAGUUCGAAAUCGGGGUGGUGGAGAUGGAGAUUUUCAGUUCAGACCAUUUUUUGUGGGUUCUCCCACAGCUCCUGAACCCAGCAACAGCUUUUUUAGUUUUGCCUCCCCAAGUCGUGAAGUAGAGCAGCAGCAGAUCUCCAGUAGGGCCUUUAAAGUGAAAAGAAUUUAGCUCAUUUUACAGAACGUUUCUCUGUUCACUAUCAGUGGUCUCUUUUAGCAAAUUAUCUUUAUUCUAGUUAGGGUAGGAGUCCCCAUCCUCUGUGCUAUUACAUUUUUAUGAGAAACUAAAUGUCUAUAGGAAUGACUUUAGAGUCUGGUUUCUUUUUCUGUUUCCAUUAUUUAAGGGAUGAGCAUUAUAUUAAACUCAAUUUUAUUGUGAACUGUUUUCACAAGCAAUGAAAAGGGUACAAUAUUAUUGAGUGUUUUGUAGAUCACCAUUUGUUUUCCGUUUGGGUUAUAUCUGACUGGACUACAUGUUUAUGUAUAUGUAUGUAAGCACCUGUGGUAUAUGUCUACAUGUCACUCUGGGUUCUGGUAUUUAUGCAUAUAUUUAUGUAUUUGACCUUGUAUUAAUUUGUUUGUGGAGGUGUGCUAAUGUCAGUGAAUGAGAGUACAAUUUGAUACAUGUAUGUCAAGUCUUAUUAUUUCUUUUUAAAAUGACUCACAUUGAUAAAGUUAUUUUGUAAAGUUGAUUUUUGGCAUUCAUUUUAAAAUGAAAUUACUCUUUAACUGUUGCCAGCAGUUGCCUUGGGCCUAUUUAGGAAUGCACUCUUACACAGAAAACUUAAACAAUAUGUUACUGAUCUCAAGAGAUUAUAUGAAUUAAAAUACUU